AUGUCUUACGAACAUCCCUCCGUGUACAUAGCCACGUACUCGAACAUAGAGGUCUACGAGUGCUUGGUCAAUGAUAUGCCCAUCAUGAGACGCUGCAAGGACGACUGGGUCAAUGCCACCCAGAUCCUCAAGUUGUGCAAUUUUCCCAAGGCCAAGCGGACAAAGAUCCUUGAAAAGGGCGUGCAGCAGGGCCAGCAUGAAAAAGUUCAGGGUGGGUACGGCAGAUUUCAGGGAACUUGGAUUCCCUUGCCGGAUGCUCGGAACCUCGCCAAUGAGUAUGCAAUCUCUUCCGACAUGGUGCCUGUCUUAUAUGUUGACCCUUCAGAUACCUCGGUAGUGAUUCCGAAGAAAUCCAAACCCCCUGUGUCUUCGUCGUCGGGCGUUAACAAGGACGGCACGCCUGUCAAGCGCAAGUACGUCAAGAAGAACAAGAAGGAAGAGACUCCUAAGAAGAUGCGCCUCGACAACAACCUCCCGCCCCAAGCCUUGUUCACGCAAGACGGCUACCAACAUUCGCUUCCCAGAGACAAUAUCCCAAUGAGCCAGUCGCCAAUGGCAUCUCAACACAGCUAUAACGGCCAGAUGCAGCUUCCAGUGCAAUCAAUGCCUCCCACAUUCCAAUCACAGGAAUUCGUUGGCAACGGCAAUUUUGCUAACUCUCAGAGAGUCAACAUGAACGGUUUCAACUCCCAGCAAGCUUCCUUCGGCAACUUCCCCAACCAGCUACUGGGCUAUUCACAGUAUCCUGCUCGUCAGAUGAGCGCUUACCAGGAAGAGGGUCUCCCGCAACCACAGAACCAGCAGCAGAUGCUCUAUCAGCAGCAUCAGAAAGGAACACUGUCGCAAUCAACAAACGAUGCCAAUUGGUCACAGGAAGAGCACCACCGGGACUCAGACACAUCCAUCUCCUCCCUGGACGGCAACCAUCAAAAGGUUGCCGAGGAAGACACUUUCGCUGCGCAGCUAUUGCGUUUCUUCAGCGACGACAAUUCCCCUAUUCCUCAAUUCCUCUAUAACCCUCCUCCAGAGUUUAACAUGAAUGAGGCGAUUGACGAUGAGGGCCAUACCGCUUUGCACUGGGCUGCUUCCAUUGGUAAUGCUAGCCUCGUCCACUUACUUCUCUCCAAGGGUGCUAACGCAUUGGUGGUGAAUAACCACGGCCUCAACCCUUUGUCUAAGUGCAUUUCGUUCAACAACUGUCAUGAGCUCAGAAACUUCCCACAGAUUUUGGAUGCACUUGAGGUCUGUCUCAUUCACACUGACAUUAACGGACGUACACCAUUGCACUACUUGUGUCAAUUUUCCAAGAUGACUUCGAAACUCGCGUCUCUUACACAUUACCUUGAACAUAUUUUUUCGAAACUCACGAUAAUGACAACGAAGAAUGGCUCCUCUGGCGUCAACUUGUUGAAGAAUGUCAUUGAUCACCAAGAUGUGAAUGGCGACACAUGUCUUCAUCUUGCUGCUUGGGCAAGCUGCUCACAAUUCGUCAAAUUUUUGUUGAGCAACGGUGCCAGAGACGACUUGGUGAAUGUCAACAAUGAAGCUGCAAAAGGAAUUAUCAUGCAGCUGGGCCUUGUUAUCUAUAACGUUGGCGUCCAUCAGGAUCAACCAGGUAUGCAACAAUUCUUCUCAUCCACUGGAUUGGAUGUCAAUGACAAGAGAGGCAACCAACAACCAGGGCUUGGUACCCCUAUUCAAUCGUUUAACAACAGACGCAUCGAGACUCCAGACACUCAAAGAACUACUAUUCAAGAUGACGAAGAAGACGACCUCAAUGAUCGCGUGAGCAAAGAACAGUUGAGAAUGCUCAUGGAGGGACAGGCUGGUACUGUCGACGACAACAAAGAGAACGUCUUCACCGACGACCCAACGAAAGUUAACUAUGAGGCGAUUUCCACACCUAAACAGACCGGUAUUAGCCCGAACUCUGCUGGUAAGCAGAAUGUUCUAGGUGUGAUUUCGGAAGCUACUGUCGAGAACUCUCCUCUUGCGAGGGGCACUCCCGGCAAAUCGUUUGUGCCACGCUCCGCAAUGUUUGAUGGCAAGUCUGAGCACAAUGCUAACGAGGAAGGUGACCUUGACGUGAAGCUUCCCGUUAGUGAUGCAUCCACAAUGAUGCAUGGCAUGGUGACACUUCUCACAGAUUCGUAUCGUAAGGAGCUUAGCGGGUUAAGCAAAAACGAACAGGAUAUUGAAGAGCAGCUUAUCGCUAAGAAAGAAGCGGAUUCUGCUGGCCUCAAGAAAGUUAAGGCCGUAUUGUCGAGAAAUGGUUUCGACGAUAUCACGGACUAUGAUGAAGCCAAGCAACUCGUCGAGCAGGAGGUUAAUGGUUUCAAAACGGAACUCCUGAACAAAGAGCAGCAGCUCUUGUGUCUGUUUGAGAAAGUACAGGCCUAUGAAUUGGCAAAUACCGUGGAAGAGAAAGAGAAGGGGAUGAACACACCAACGUCAGACGAUGAUGCUUCCAGCGAUCGUUGGCAACUUGCAUUGGAGCUUACUCAAGAACAGCUCAGGCGUAAUGACUUGGUGAAUCAGGUUGCCCAGGGAGUGAAGGAAUGGGCUAUAAACUCGAAGAUGAACAAGUACAGAAAGCUUAUCAGCCUCAGCUGUGGUCUUCGUGUGGAAGAUAUCGACGGUCUCAUCGAUGGUAUCGAGAAAUCGUUGAUGGAGGGAACAAUGUAA